AUGACUUCCCGCACCUCCAGCAUGUCCUUCAGGGCCUCCGGCGGCUCCAUGGCCAGCUUUGGUGGCGGACGAGUGUUCUCCCAGCGGGCGGGCAGCGUCUACGGUGGUGCAGGCGGCUCAGGGGUUCGCAUCUCCUCAGCGGGGGGUGGAGGUGGGAUGGGCAUGGGGGGAGGCUACUCGUCCUCCUCCAGCUACAGCGUGUCCGGCGCCGACAGCAGCAUCAUCGGCAACGAGAAGUUCACCAUGCAGAACCUGAAUGACCGCCUGGCCACCUACCUGGCCAAGGUGCGCACCCUGGAGAAGGCCAACGCCGACCUGGAGCUGAAGAUCCGGCAGUUUAUGGAGAGCAAGGUCGGCCCCAGCACCAGGGACUACAGCGCCUUCUUCGUCACCAUCGCUGACCUCACCGCCAAGAUUCAGGGCGCCAUCAGAUCCAACGGAGCGAUCCACCUGAGCAUUGACAACGCCCGGCUGGCUGCAGAUGACUUCAGGACCAAGUAUGAGACCGAGCUGGCCAUGCGUAUGUCGGUGGAGGCGGACAUCGGCGGGCUGAAGAGGGUUCUGGACGAGAUGAACCUGGCGAAGGGCGACCUGACCCUGCAGCUGGAGGGGCUGAGGGAGGAGCUGCUGUUCCUCAAGAAGAACCACGAGGAGGAGCUGCUGGCGAUGCGGGCUCAGAUGAGCGGGCAGGUGAGCGUGGAGGUGGACUCGGCUCCGGGUCAGGACCUCAGUAAGAUAAUGGCCGAGAUGAGAGAACACUACGAGGCGGUCGCCGGCAAGAACCAGAGAGAGCUGGAGGCCUGGUUCACGACGCAGAGCGAGACUCUAAACAAAGAGGUGAUCACUCAGACGGAGACGCUGCAGACGUCCAGGACGGAAAUCACAGAAACCAAACGCACACUGCAGUCGCUGCAGAUAGAGCUGCAGUCCAUGCUGGGCAUGAAAGCGUCUCUGGAGGGAACUCUGGCUGAGACUCAGAACCGCUACAGUAUGCAGCUGUCUGGGUACCAGAUGCAGGUGAGCAGCCUGGAGGAGCAGCUGGUGCAGCUGAGGGCCGACCUGGAGAGACAGGGACAGGAGUACGCGAUGCUGCUGGACAUCAAGACCAGACUGGAGAUGGAGAUCGCCGAGUACAGGAGGCUGCUGGACGGAGAGGCCACCAGCAGCGUCAGCACCUCCUCCUCCUCCUCCUCCAAAACCACCAAGAGGAUCGUGGUGGUGGAGGAGGUGGUGGACGGCCGGGUGGUGUCCUCCUCCUCCACCACGUCCUCCUCCUCCGCCAUUGUCCGCUAAGCUUCUGCCGGAUGCGACAGCCAAUC